UCAUGUGUAAACGAUGAGGUCCACGACCAAACUGAAAUUCCCCUAACCAUUCCCACUCAUUAUCCACUUAACCUCUACAUACAUUGUACAGAGGUAUCCUGGUAAAGCACGAAAGAAAAAGGCGCUUGGAAGCUGGAAAGAUACGUUGUCUGUCCGCAAUCGGAGGACGCGAUUCUUCAAGUGUUAUUUUGGCAUAAGAUCAGACCUUCUCCAUCACCAUGUCAGUGAAGUCGGACGGGAAGAGGAAGUGGGCGGCGGUGAGGGGCCAUCUGGGCUCCUCCCAGGACUCAGACACCCAGCUGGAGGCCAACCUGGAGAGUGCCGACCCAGAGCUGUGCAUCCGCAUGCUCCAGGUGCCCAGUGUGGUCAACUACUCUGGGCUGAAGCGUCGUCUGGAGGGCAGCAAGGAGUCCUGGAUGGUCCAGUUCCUGGAGCUGAGUGGGCUGGACCUGCUGCUGGAGGCCCUGGACAGGCUAUCUGGGAGGGGCUGCUCCCGCAUCACAGAUGCCCUGCUGCAGCUCACCUGUGUCAGCUGUGUCCGCGCCAUCAUGAACUCCUCGGCUGGGAUCCACUUUAUCGUGGAGAAUGAGGGCUACAUCCGCAAACUCUCCCAAGCCUUGGACACGUCCAAUACCAUGGUGAAGAAGCAGGUGUUUGAGCUGCUUGCUGCCCUGAGCAUGUUCUCCUCUGAUGGGUACCGUCUCGCCCUGGAUGCCCUGGACCAUUACAAGGGUGUGAAGACCCAGCUGUAUCGCUUCAGUGUGAUCAUGAACGAGCUGCAGGCCACAGACAACGUGCCCUACAUUGUCACCCUCCUCAGUGUCAUCAACGCCAUCAUCUUUGGGAAAGAUGACCUGCAACAGAGAGACAAGAUGCGCAAGGAGUUUAUUGGAUUACAAUUACUUGAUAUACUGCCCAAAUUGAGAGAUGAGGAGGAUGAGGACUUGAUCAUUCAGUGUGAGGCGUUUGAAGAGGCCAUGUCUGAGGAUGAGGAGGAGCUGCUGAGGGUCUAUGGAGGCAUAGACGUGAGCAGUCACCAGGAGGUGUUCAUCACCCUCUUCAACAAAGUGAGCAGCUCUCCGUCGUCCCGCCAGCUGCUGUCCAUCCUACAAGCCCUGCUGCUGCUGGGGCCCGAGAGGGCUGACAUCUGGCAAGCCCUGGAGGCCAUCACUAACCGGGCCAUUCUGCUGGAUCAAGACUCUCAUAUGGACUCUUGUGAGAUUAUUAUGCAACGCCUGGUGUUCUCCAAGCGCAGGACAGCUGGUGUCGAUGCUGUGGAUGGUCUGCCACCCAAGAAGAUUGAUAAGGCUGUUCAGACCGACAUGGUGGAUGAUGACCAAGAAAGACUGACCAAAUGCUCCACAAAAGUGUCCUCUCCUCCACUACCCCCUCCACCUUUCCUAUAUCCCAAUAUGAUGGGACCAGGUCCCAUUCAGUGCCCACCUCCCCCUCCUCCACCCCCCACUCCACCAUUACAACACAUUGGAGGUGGAGUACCCCCACCACCAACUCCUCUACUAGGGAUGCAGGUGCCCCCAGGGUGCCCUCCUCCACCUCCACCUCCCCCACCAGGAAUGGGCGGUGGAGGACCUCCACUACCCCCACCCUUGCCCGGUAUGCCAGGCCUGCCUCCUCCACCACCACCUCCCCCUGGCAUAGGUGGCAUUGUGGUGGCCCAGAGUAGCCAGUCCCUGGGGUAUGCCUCUGCUGCUGCCUCCAAGGCAGGCCGUUGCCCCACCCUGAGGAUGAAGAAGCUCAACUGGCAGAAACUCAGAGCUGUCACUGAUGGUCAUUCCAUGUGGACUUCAGCUCAGAAAGACACUCCUCGGGAGCCCAACUACUCCAGCAUUGAACAGCUGUUCUGUCUCCCAGUGACCGAACACAAAGAUAAGGGGGCAGCUGCUCCUGUCAAAAAGGAGCCUAAAGAGAUCUCCUUUAUUGAUGCAAAGAAGAACUUGAAUUUGAACAUAUUUCUCAAGCAAUUCAAAUGCUCUCAUGAUGAGUUUGUGGUGUUGAUUCAGAGUGGGGAUCGCUCUAAGUUCGAUGUGGAGGUCUUGAAGCAGCUUAUUAAACUCUUACCUGAGAAACAUGAGAUAGAUAACCUGAAAUCCUUCCUGGGAGAAAAAUUAAAGUUGGCCAAUGUAGACCGAUUCUACAUCACUCUCCUGGCUGUACCAUGGUAACUGCUGUUCCUUUU